AUGGCUGCACUGAGUUGUCUUUUGGACAGUGUUAGAAGGGACAUAAAGAAGGUGGACCGAGAACUAAGGCAGUUGAGAUGCAUCGACGAAUGCACGCGAUGCCUCUGCGACUUGUACAUGCACCCAUACUGCUGCUGCGACCUGCACCCCUACCCGUACUGCCUGUGCUACUCGAAGCGAGCGCGCUCCUGUGGCCUGUGCGACCUCUAUCCGUGUUGCCUGUGUGACGUCAAGCUUUACUGCCUGCGACCAUCUCUCAGAAGUUUGGAGAGGAAAGCCAUUAGAGCCAUAGAAGAUGAAAAGAGAGAGCUUGCCAAAUUGAGAAGAACAACAAAUAGAAUUCUGGCCUCCUCUUGCUGUAGCAGUAACAUUUUAGGAUCGGUAAACGUGUGCGGCUUUGAACCGGAUCAAGUCAAAGUUCGGGUGAAGGACGGAAAGGUGUGCGUGUCGGCAGAGCGGGAGAACAGGUACGACUGCCUCGGAUCGAAAAAGUACAGCUACAUGAACAUCUGCAAAGAGUUCAGCCUGCCGCCCUGCGUGGACGAGAAAGACGUGACGUACUCCUACGGGCUCGGCAGUUGCGUCAAGAUCGAGUCUCCCUGCUACCCCUGCACCUCUCCCUGCAACCCUUGCAACCCUUGCAACCCCUGCAGCCCCUGCAGCCCCUGCAGCCCCUGCAACCCCUGCAACCCCUGUGACCCUUGCAGCCCCUGCUAUCCCUGCGGGAGUCGCUUUUCCUGUAGGAAGAUGCUUUUGUAA